AUGGCCUUCACUGCUUCUGAUAUUUGUAAAAUUAUUGGUGCUAUCAUUUUGCCUCCUCUUGGCGUUUUCCUUGAAAAGGGCUGUAACGUUGACCUCCUCAUCAAUAUUGCUUUGACUUGUCUUGGUUUCAUUCCCGGUAUCAUUCACGCUCUCUAUAUUAUCUUGAAGUAUUAA